AUGAUAGAUAUUGAGAAAAAGAUUUAUAACCCACCAUUUAAGAAUAUCACUCCGGUUGCCAUAUUAUAUCAAGCAUUGCAACCUCCUAUAAUCAAUGGAAUUCGAAAGCCAAUGAAGUCUGGAGGUUAUAGUGAUAGCGGAGCAGAUAUUGCCUAUACAUUGAGAUCUAACGGCAUCCCUAUAGUCGCGCCAAUUGAUAAUCCUCAUCCGUCCUCAAAUAUUGAUUGGGUUUUCCCUGAUACAAAGGAAGGAAUAGGUUCUGCGAUCGCAAAAGGGGCAAAGACGAUUUGGGCAAAUACCGUCUUAUUUGAUGCCCACCCACUGAACAAUACGAAUAUUUUGAAUAACGUUAAAGUUGUUGGCCAACUUCCUGAGGCAACACAAAAAUACGAUAACAAGUGGAUAACGAAUGAAUUAAUUAGAACCUAUGCACUCCCAGUUCCCCAUUCAAUCCUCAUUGGAUAUACAAGCCAUAAUGGUAUUUAUGGAUUGAAUGACCUAACCCCAGAGGUUUUACGUGAUAUCAAUUUCCCCGCUAUUAUUAAACCCAUACGUGGUCGAGGAAGCCAAGGAGUUAAAAGAGUCGAUUCUAUAGAGCAGCUCAAAGCGCAUGCCGAAAAGCUUCUAUCCUCGGGAAAUGUCAUUAAUGGGCAGCGUUAUUCUGAAUUUGGAGAUUCGUUAAUUCUCGAACAAUACUUGAAAGGAGAGGAAAUAACUGUAGUUAUCAUGCCUCCUGGUAUGUAUGACAUUAAGUUUAAAGAUACUAAGUUUGAUGAUUAUUGGCACCUACCAUUAGUAAAACGGUUUGAUCACCACGACGGUGUUAUGCCUUAUAGUGGCGUUGUUGCUGUAACGGAGAAUAGUACGCUGCUAAGCGGUUUGGAAAUACAAGAUCCUGCCUAUCAAAAGAUUGUGCGAGAUUGUGAGAGAGUUGGACGGAUUUUAAAACCGUUGGCCCCGAUUCGCAUAGAUUGUCGCAGAGUGGAGCUAGGAAAGCCAUUUUUUUUGUUUGAUUUAAAUAUGAAACCCAACAUAACAGGGCCAGGGCGGCCGGGACGCAAUAGCCAAGAUAGCUUAGUUAGUUUGGCCGCACGUGGUAUUGGAUGGACCUACUCCGAUCUUCUCAAGAAUAUGCUACGCCAAGCUUGGGUAAUGAAGAAGUUAAUCAAGUAA